UCAGGGCCACCGCAUAAAGAGGGCGGCAGACCCCAGCGCCCAGGACUCGCCGCUGCUGCCCCCAGCCCCGGCCCCAGGCGUCCCAGCCAUGGUCCGCCCAAUGCUCUUGCUCGGCCUCGGCCUCCUGGCUGGUCUGCUGCCGGCGCUGGCCGCCUGCCCCCAGAACUGCCACUGCCACGGCGACCUGCAGCACGUCAUCUGCGACAAGGUGGGGCUGCAGAAGAUCCCCAAGGUAUCAGAAAAGACCAAGCUGCUCAACCUACAGCGCAACAACUUCCCGGUGCUGGCUGCCAAUUCGUUUCGAGCCAUGCCGAACCUCGUGUCGUUGCACUUGCAGCACUGCCAGAUCCGCGAGGUGGCCGCCGGUGCCUUCCGCGGCCUCAAGCAGCUUAUCUACUUGUACCUGUCCCAUAGCGACAUCCUCGUGCUGCGCGCAGGCGCCUUCGACGACCUGACCGAGCUGACCUACCUCUACCUGGACCACAACAAGGUCACUGAGCUGCCCCGGGGGUUGCUGUCCCCGCUGGUCAACCUCUUCAUCUUGCAGCUCAACAACGACAAGAUCCGUGAGCUGCGCGCAGGCGCCUUCCAGGCAGCCAAGGACCUGCGCUGGCUGUACCUGUGGGAAAACGCGCUGAGCUCCCUGCAGCCCGGCGUCCUGGACGACGUGGAGAACCUCGCCAAAUUCCACGUGGACAGGAACCAGCUGUCCAGCUACCCCUCGGCUGCCCUGAGCAAGCUACGGGUGGUGGAGGAGCUGAAGCUGUCCCACAACCCCCUGAAAAGCAUCCCGGACAAUGCCUUCCAGUCCUUUGGCAGAUACCUGGAGACCCUCUGGCUGGACAACACCAACCUGGAGAAGGUUGAGACUGAGCUAAAGUUAAUCUGUGGUGACGUUCCGGAUGCAUGGGACAAACAUCUAAUUCCAGCAGCUGCUACUGGCAAGUCCAAGAUUUUCUAUUAUGAAAUGUAG